CCAUUUAACAUGUAUGAUUAUAAGGCUUCUUUCAACUACUAAAAGUCAAGUCAACAAAUAUGAACAAUAUAGAUAGUUGAGGAGUGAGUGAGAGAGAGAGAGAGAGAGAGAGAGAGAGAAAGAGAGAAAGAAAGAAAGAGAAAGAUGGAAGAAAGAAUAGUGUUGUAUGCAGCUCCGAGCAUAGGCCACAUAGUUUCAAUGGUUGAAGUGGCCAAACGCCUGUCCCUCCGUCGCCACAACAUCACCAUCCUCCUUACCACCGGCUUCCUCGACCAUCCUUCCACCGACGCCUACAUCCACCGCAUCUCCACCGACCACCCUUCCAUCUCCUUCCACCGCUUCCCCCAUUCUGACCCUCCUCCCCCCGGCACCCUCAGCCUCACCGCAAGGGCCUUACACUUCAUUCGCAACAACGUCCCCAACGUCACCUCCGCACUCACCCUCAUCUCCAAGACCUCCACCAUCAAAGCCUUCGUCAUCGACAUCUUCUGCACCUCCGCCAUGGACGCAGCCUCCUCCAUGGGAAUCCCCGUCUACUACUUCUUCACCUCCGGCGCUGCCAUGAUUGCGCUCUACAUCUACUUCCCGUUGAUCCACGAGCAGACGGAGAAGUCGCUGAAGGAUCUGAAGGUGGAGCUGAGGGUGCCGGGGAUGACGGCGGGGGUGAGGGCGUGGGAGAUGCCGGAGCCGUUGCUGGAUAGGGAGGACCCCUGUUACGAGGAAAUGGUGUAUUUCUGCAGGCAGCUUCCAAGAUCGAGUGGGAUCAUGGUCAACACUUUCAGAGAGCUGGAAGUCAACGCCGUUAAGGCCAUUGAAGAAGGUCUUUGCUUUCCCGACCAGAAAGAAAGGCCUCCCGUUUAUUACAUUGGCCCCUUGAUCGCCGAUCCCAGUGAUCAACAGCAUCAAUCUGGUGGAGAAAGCAAAGAUUGCUUGUCAUGGUUGGAGAAACAACCAAGUAAAAGUGUGGUGUACCUGUGUUUCGGAAGCAGAGGAUCGUUCUCAGUGGAGCAGCUGAGAGAGAUAGCUCAAGCCUUGGAGCGGAGCGCCCAAAGGUUCUUGUGGGUCGUCAAGAGCCCCCCACUGCAUCCAGGAACCAACCAGUUACUUGCUGAUCAAGACAACUUUGACCCCAUUUCAGUGCUGCCAACUGGCUUCACCCACAGGACCCAAGACAGGGGCAUGGUAGUGGCCUCGUGGGCCCCCCAGGUUGAGGUCCUCAGUCGUCAAUCCGUGGGAGCCUUCGUCACUCACUGCGGCUGGAACUCUGUUCUCGAAGCUGUGGUUGCUGGGGUGCCCAUGAUUGCUUGGCCGCUCUAUGCGGAGCAGCACGUGAACAGGAACGUCAUGGUGGAGGACAUGAAGGUGGCUCUUGCGGUGGAUCAGACUCAAGAACACGGUGGGCUCGUCAGUGCCCAAGAGGUGGAGAGGGUGGUGAGGAUGGUCAUGGAGUCUGAUGGGAAAGGGAAGGAUUUAAGGGACAGCAUUUCCAAGAUGAAGGACAUGGCUUUAGCUGCACUUUCAGAAACGGGUUCAUCCUCUGCAUCACUUGCCAACUUGGUUCAAUCAUGGACGCAGUAGUGAUAUUAUUAUUAUUAUUAUUAUUAUUAUUAUGCAUGUAAUUUAUCAUGGAUUGUUUUUGAAAUAUUUCAUGGAUUGAUUUUGAAAUAUUAUGUUUUUGUCAAAUGAUUUUGAAUAAUUGUUCAAUCCUUCUAUUACCAA